GCUGCCGUGUUGUUUUUGUGCUUCCAGCUCUCGGGAAAAGCCGCUGGGAUUUCUUUACCUGAUCCACUCUAUCCUGCGUCCGAGGGGACCCGACAUCCCUUCUGAAAGCUCUGCCAAGCUGCGUUGCGACGGGAGCUGACAUUUCUGGGGCGGUUCUGAUACCUAUCGAAAUUUGGCAGAGGGAAGGGAGACGGGAGAGACGCAACCAUCAGCGAGGAAGGCAGGCCCCGUCCGGGGAUCUUAGAAACCCUGCGGUCCAUCAUGAAGUUCCAGUAUAAGGAGGACCAUCCCUUUGAGUAUCGGAAAAAGGAAGGAGAAAAGAUCCGGAAGAAAUACCCGGACAGGGUCCCUGUGAUUGUGGAGAAGGCUCCUAAGGCCAGGGUGCCUGAUCUGGACAAGAGGAAGUACCUGGUGCCUUCUGACCUCACAGUUGGCCAGUUCUACUUCUUAAUCCGGAAGAGGAUCCACCUGAGGCCUGAGGACGCCUUAUUCUUCUUUGUCAACAACACUAUCCCUCCUACUAGUGCUACCAUGGGCCAGCUCUAUGAGGACAACCAUGAGGAAGACUAUUUUCUGUAUGUGGCCUACAGUGACGAGAGUGUCUAUGGGAAGGAGAAAGUAUGUCAGGACAGAGGCGUUGGAUUGGCUUUGAUAGAGGAAUGAAGACGAUUUAAUUUCACAACAUUUCUGUGAAUUGUUUUUUGUGUGACUUCACGGAAGAGGCAGGAGGUGGGCAAGUUGGGGCCAGAGAUGAUUGUGGACCACCAGUAACUUCCUGCUCUCUUUCCUCUUUGGGCAGAGAUUCUAUUUUUGACAUUUGCACAAGACAGGUAGGGAAAGGGGAUGAGGAUGUUUUAGGACUACUUUCUGGCUUUUCAUUCCUAGGGACCAAAAGAAGCCCAUUGUAAUUAAGGCAUUGUGACCCUGACCUGUCUCCACUCCUCCCCAUCCCUGUCAUAAUCCCACAUACAUCCCAAGACAUCACAGCGCCACCCAGUGGUGCUGGUUGACAUUAGGCAGACAUUGAGAUGGAGCUCUCUCACCACUGGAAGACAGGGGCCGGGCAUGAGAGAUGGUGUAGUUUUGAAGAUAGUUUUGGUAGCAUUAAACUGGAAAGCUGAGCAUCUCUGUCUAACCUGCUCUCUCUCUGGUGCCCCUUAUCCCACACCUACGUGGGACUUUAGGGAGCCACAACCAUUUCCAAUUACGAGCUAUAAAACCACUCCUUCAGCAUUUCCCAAACUUUGCUCCACGUAUAGGGACAGAGAUGUCUUAUAUACGGGAGGGGCAGGUAUGAGGUGAGACAGAUUGUCUGCGCCUCCCACUCAGCCAGGAUUCUUGCUCCCUUGUUGCUGUCCCUUCAGUCCCAGGCACACAGAACUGCUAAGUGAUGACCAGCUGCCUCCUGACUUAGGUUUUCAUGUACUGCAGCUGCUAGUUAGACAGGUUUGAGGGGAUGACUUAAUACUUCAUGGGGAUUCUAUGGAUUCUGAUUAUUUUCACUUUGGGGGUUAUGUGGGCGGGGGUGGGGAGCAGGCACCGCACUCAGACAUGACAUUUCAGUUCAUCUCUGCUAAUGAAAAGGGUCCUUCCUGUGGGAGAAAUCUGUGUCCGUUCUGUCAGCUGCAGAUUCUUGUGUAAUGAAGUUUAUGCUGUCAGGCCAAGGAAAUAAAAUAAUUGCAUACCUUGAAAACCA